GGAUGUGGGGUCAGGCUCCUCCCCUUGGUCUUUUCUCCCUAAAAUGGUAACCCCAGGCUGAGCCACUGGCUAAGUGGCACCAUGCAGCUUCGGGUCUCUCUCUCGUUUCUCCUGAUUCUCACUCUCUGCCGAGAGCUUCGAUCAGAACUAAGACAAGACAGUAUCAAGGAUCUCCUGCCAAAUGUAUGCAGUUUUCCUAUGGAAAAGGGUAUUUGUAGAGCCUACUUUAUCCGAUGGUUUUUCAACUUCGAAGCUGGUGAAUGUGAGUCAUUUGUUUACGGAGGGUGCAGAGGCAACAGCAACAACUUUUUGAACAAAGAAGAAUGUGAGAAAAUCUGCAAGUUCACCUGAUUUUCUAAUAAGAACACAGCCAGCCCCCAGGAAUUUGGGAUUGCUCUGAGGGCCAUAGAAGGCUCUGUGUGUGUGUGUGUGUUUGUGUGUGUGUGUGUGUGUGUGUGUACAAGAGAUUCAUUCCUCUACUCCUACACUUAUUCUCCCUGAUGUGCUCCUCAAAAUGCUCCACCUCUGUGCCUGAAAUUCUAUAAACAUUGCAAUCAUG